UUGACAAAGUCUAACCAAAAGCAAAAUGCAAUUCGCCUCCAGUUUUCUCCUCUUGGCUUGUGCCUGUGCCUGUGCCUUCUCCAGUGCCUUGGCCUAUCCUUAUCCUGAUCCCCGAGAUAUUGUGAACCUGACCCCUGAACCCUUGGCGUACUCCCCCAAUUUCGACGUUGUACCCUUGCAAAGAGUGCGUCGCCAGUUCCAAUUAAACGGCGGUGGCGGUGGAAGCUCCAAACAGGGAUUCGAUCUGAACCUCAACGCCCGUGCCCCAGUUUGGCAGAGCCAGAAUGGACGCCACUCCCUUGACGCCACGGGAUCGUAUGCUCAGCACCUUGGAGGACCCUAUGGCAACAGUCGACCUCAAUUCGGAGCCGGAGGAGUGUACACCUUUAGGUUCUGAUUAGUUUUCAUUUCAUAAUAUUUAUUUAGAAUAAAUAAAAAAUCAUACUUUGAAAACAAA